GCGCCCCUUCUUGUCCUGCUGAGCAAACGAACGAUCUUUGCCUCUGAUGGCCCGACUGUGGUAAUUAGCAUGAUUUAUCGCCUUGCUUCGACUAAAUGAUGUGAGUGAUUUUCAACGGGAACGCCUCCCAAAUGACACCAUCAGAAGGGGCGUGAACGAACCACGAAAGAAAAGAAAAAAGCGAUACUACCGCGAUCAAGAGACGGAAAUGGUGAAGAAAACAAACAUCAAAACUCCGGCCGGAAAAUCUGAUCUUCAGCUUCUCGAGAGGGAAAGCCAGAACCAGAAGAUUUUCUUGGGCGUUAGAUUAAUUUUGUGCGUCGACGGAUUAACACGUGUAGGCUUCGGCGGUUCUUUGCGCGAGUUCUGUGAGUUUCGGAAAGUGCGUGUUCUAUGCUCUCAUGAUCAACAUGGAAAGUGAAAAUAAUGAUAGACCUAACAGCCACAGAGCGAAAAACAAUUUCAGUAUUGAGCACUUGUUAGCUAAACCGGAUAUCUAUAGGGGAUCAAAUGUUAAGCAAAGCUAUGAAAACAGUGGUGUAAAUCAUUUACAUAGUGGAAAAGAAGUGUUGGAUAGAACAGAAGAUAGAUCAUCCAGCAAUGAUCCAUAUGUGGAAUGCUCUACAUCGCCAGAUUCCAGUUGUAACGAGGAAAUGAUGGAUAACUGCAGUGAAGCAGCGUCGGAAGAAAGUACUACAGGAACAUCCGACGACCGUAAGAAACGACCGAGAACAGCGUUUUCGGCUGCACAAAUCAAAGCAUUAGAGACUGAGUUCGAGCGAGGAAAAUAUCUAUCAGUAGCAAAGCGAACAGCGCUGGCCAAAUCUCUGCAUCUAACUGAAACGCAAAUCAAAAUUUGGUUUCAAAAUCGACGUACCAAAUGGAAACGAAAGUACACAUCCGACGUUGAACAGCUAGCCUCGCAUUACUAUUCCCAACUUGGAAUUGGUAACUUUGCGCGCCCCAUGGUGGUUGGCGAUCGUUUAUGGCUUUUCAGUCAAACUCCAAAUGGGCCUGCUCCAGUGCAAUCACUUCUUCUCAAUACACCGUCUCACAUUGGUCCAUCCCAUCCUGCAAUGAGACAAUAUCAACCGAUCCCUCCAACGCCGAUUGGAGUGUCCAGUUUUGCAUCUCGUCCUAGUAAUGGUUACACCGUAAACUACCUCCCGAAAUCGUCACCCCAAGCACCACCAUACAGCUUGAAUCGGUACCCGGUUUCAACAUUCAAACCCUUGCCGUUUGAGGAUCCCACGGGAUUUUACAAAUCUACACCGGAGAUGACGGAUGGCUACUGUGCAAUGCCAAAAUUUGGGCCAACGGAAUUCGUAAACGAUGAGCUUUCCCCCAUUAGUACAAGUUCAGGCAUUGCAGAUCUGGAAAGAGCAUUCGGCAAUCCUAGCAGUCUGUUGGAUGGCCAGCUUGCUUCUAGAACGAGUGAAGGACUACCAAGGCUCAGCGCAGCCACAUCCGACCAUGGAGUACAAAGCAAUUUGAAAGACCUCACAACGGACUCUUCCAGUGAAAUUGAUUGCGAAGAGCUUGACGAUAAAGAUUGAAGUUUAAGAUGUUAUAAUGCUACCAAAAUGAACUAAAACCAAAUAAAUUAGAACAAUUAAGUGUUAAUAUCAAAAUCUGUUUUAGUGUUAAUUAAUACA